AUGUUUGUUACAAUAAACAGAAUACACCAAGAUAAAUAUGUGAGUGACAAGAGAAACUGUCCUUGGUAUUGUCCUAAUUUUUCUUUUUUUUGUUUCCUUUUUCUUAUCUUUCUUUUCUUUCUUUCUCUUUAUUCUCUCCUUUCUCUUUAUUCCCUCUCGCUCUUUCUCUUUGUCUCUCGCUAUUCUUUGUUUCUCUUAAACUUUUCUUUUUCCAUUUUUCUCUCUCUUUUACUCUUUUCUUUUUACUUUCUCUCUCUCUUUUACUCUUGUUCUUUUUUUCUCUCUCUUGUUCUUUUUUUCUCUCUCUUGUUCUUUUUUUCUCUCUCUUGUUCUUUUUUUCUCUCUCUUGUUCUUUUUUUCUCUCUCUUGUUCUUUUUUUUCUCUCUCUUGUUCUUUUUUUUCUCUCUCUCGUACUCUUUUACUCUUUUAUUCUCUUUUCCUCUUUUAUUCUCUUUUCCUCUUUUAUUCUCUUUUCCUCUUUUAUUCUUUUACUGUUUUUCUUUUUUCUUUCUCUCCCUCUCUUUACUCUUUUCUUUUUCUUUUUUCUCUUUCUCUCCCUCUCUUUACUCUUUUCUUUUUCUUUUUUCUCUUUCUCUCCCUCUCUUUACUCUUUUCUUUUUCUUUUUUCUCUUUCUCUCCCUCUCUUUUACUCUUUUCUUUUUCUUUUUUCUCUUUCUCUCCCUCUCUUUUACUCUUUUCUUUUUCUUUUUUUCUCUUUCUCUCCCUCUCUUUUACUCUUUUCUUUUUCUUUUUUUCUCUUUCUCUCCCUCUCUUUUACUCUUUUCUUUUUUUUCUUUUACUCUUUUCUUUUCUUUCCUCUCUUUUACUUUUUUUUCUUUUCUUUUUCUUUUUUUCUCUUUCAUUCCCUCUCUUUUACUCUUUUCUUUUUCUUUUUUUCUCUUUCUCUCUUUGCUUUUCAUCCCCUUGUCAAAUGUCAAGUGA